ACUUCGGGCCCUGGACCUCGGCACGCGGAGGGCCUCAGGGGAAACGCCGAGGGCUGCAGGACCUAGGGAGAAGAUGGCUCGGGAUCUGAAGGGGCCGCGCGCGGUUCAGGUGGUGGCGGAGAAUCGCCGAGGAAUGGCGAGGCGUCGGUAGGCUCCGAAGUUGGCCCGGCCGGGCGGAGAUUUAAAGGCUGGAGCGCGGAAGCUUCUAAAGCGGCCGGAGCGCAUUCCCCCUCGGAGUCCGCCUCGCAGCCCGCGCCCCGCGCUGCUGGGGAUCUGGGUCUGACCUACCAGAAACAUGGCAACCAGCGCCGUCCCCAGUGACAACCUCCCCACGUACAAGCUGGUGGUGGUCGGGGACGGGGGUGUGGGCAAGAGUGCCCUCACCAUCCAGUUUUUCCAGAAGAUCUUUGUGCCUGACUACGACCCCACCAUUGAAGACUCCUACCUGAAACAUACAGAGAUUGACAAUCAAUGGGCCAUCUUGGACGUUCUGGACACGGCGGGGCAGGAGGAGUUCAGCGCCAUGCGGGAGCAGUACAUGCGCACGGGGGACGGCUUCCUCAUCGUCUACUCCGUCACUGACAAGGCCAGCUUCGAGCACGUGGACCGCUUCCACCAGCUCAUCCUGCGUGUCAAGGACAGGGAAUCAUUCCCCAUGAUCCUCGUGGCCAACAAGGUCGAUUUGAUGCAUCUGAGAAAAAUCACCAGGGAGCAAGGAAAAGAAAUGGCGACCAAACACAAUAUUCCGUACAUAGAAACCAGUGCCAAGGACCCGCCUCUGAAUGUGGACAAAGCCUUCCAUGACCUCGUUAGAGUAAUUAGGCAACAGAUUCCAGAAAAAAGUCAGAAGAAGAAGAAGAAAACCAAAUGGCGAGGAGACCGGGCCACUGGCACCCACAAACUGCAGUGCGUGAUCUUGUGACAACCUAAGGCCCUGGGCACAGUGACAGCGAACUGCCAACCCUCGGGACCCCUCUACUGCCUCACUGCACUGAAAACUAUUUCUAACCACCACCCUUGGCCCAAGGAACUUGGCCUGGGAAGGGAGGAAGGAAGGGUGAGCCGGGAGCAGACAGGGCCUGGCUUUGCAGGAGCGCAUGAGCUGUCUCAGAUCUCCCGCGAGCCCAGGAAGCCACCCGUGAACAGAAGCAGCCCUCAGCCCCUCGGGGGUCAUUGCACCCAGAUCCCCCUCACUUGGUGGGUGUGUUGUUCCUUUUAGCUACAUAGUGUUGGUUUGAUGGGGACAUGUUCAUCCACAUGCAAUGUCCCGAACAAGCCAUGAUCCAGCUUCCCCCGCCUUGAGCCCAAGCCACAGUGUCUGAGCUCAGAUGUCUUUUGUAGAUUUUUAAAUUAUUUUAGUGAUGAUUAUUUUAUUUAGGGGGGUCUGUGCCCACUGCCUGGUGGAAUCCCAGAUCUUCAGCAGACCUCUCUGAUAACAUAUAUAGAAUACUGUUGUUGUCUUCUUAAUUGAGUGCCAAACUCAACCCAGAACGAGUCGAAUGACGAGAGGACAGAAGUUAAUGGAAAUGGUAUGUAGCUGGUAGGGGGCGGUCUCUGGCCAUGGGUCACACCCUGGAGGGAAAGUGACCCUACUCAUUGCCUAGAAACGAGAACGAAGAGAGAUACGUUUACUCGGAGGGCUUUGCAGUGUCUGAGGACGCAGUUAUCAGAAAACAAAAUUAUCUCACUGAGAUGAGCGGCAGGUGCAAGCAUGUCGGUUAUAAAAGGAGUUUUUGUUCUUAUUAUCCUGGAAAUGUAUAAACUGAGGUGAGCUGAUGGGCUUUGCACAAAUGUGGGUUCCUUUUUCAGACAGCGUGGGUUCAGUUGUUCUCCCAGGCGUGCGAGAGGCCCUGGGUUUCUCGGAUCCUCUCCUCCUGCUCCUGUGCAUCACCCGCGCUGCCCUGGGCCUCUCUGAUAUAAACUCACUGACAUGUCAAAGGAAGCCAUGUGGACUCCCUCCAGAAAUCUUGAGGCCACGCAGAAUCUUAAACCACAAAAGAUUCAGUACAGUUAUCUCUCAGACAUCACCAGGACCUGAAGCCAUUUCCCUUUGAGUCAACCGACUGCCACCUCUGUUAAGCCCAGUUAAUGAGCAAACCCCUUCCCUUCCAGGAUUCACAGACUUCGUUGCCUCUUUGGCACACGCUUUUAUUACCCUUUUGGAUCUUGACAGUAAUACGAGAUCAGAGGCAAAAUGAAGGUGGGGCUAAUGAUGGGAUUCCCAGACACCUGUUUCUGCAAACGACAGCCCCCAACACUCUGAGAAUGCCCACCUCCCUCUUCUGGUGCUGCUGGUAGAAGCAAAGAUUGGAUUUUUCCAGCCCAGGUUGGGGUGGAGGGGCAGUUAGAACAACAGCGCCCCCCCACCACCACCCAGAGGAGAUCAGAAGAUGAGGUGGCGUGGCUAGUGACCUUCUUUUUCAGGUGUUAUGAAUCAGGUCGCUCUGCAAACUAGAACAUUCCCAGCAGGUAGCCUAACUGCUCUUUGGUGAAAUAAAGACAUGGAAGGAGCCUCUGGCCAGAUGGAUGACCAGACACCUGGAUUCUUCUUUGUUCAGAGAGUGUGCCCGACUCCUAACUCGGCAAGAUCACCAGCACCAAGGGAUCAGCCGGAAGAAUGAUUCUGCUGCAGAAACAGUGGGGACUCGCAUUAGUUGGAAAUCAAACCCUUUUGUCGAAAUGGCCUUUUUUUUCCUGUUCCUAAAAGGAAGGACAAGAGAGAACAUUCCAGACAAGGUGGCUCAGUUUCCAGGAUCCUGUAAUGUUAGCAAGUAUUGUAAACACUAAAAGGACGAGGCUUUCUCCAAACCUCAGGCUCCGAGCCCCGCGCGCCGCAGGCCUGUGUGGUUGUGUGUGUGGUGGAGCAUUGAGAUGGCAGAGCAGGACAGGAAGCCCUGCAACAGGGCAGCGGCCACUGCCAGGGAACCCCUGCCCAGCACCACCCGCCACCAGCACACCCCUGCCCACGUGGAGCGGCAGCUGACAGCACCAACUGGGGGGUCUCAUUGGAGGCAGACCUACGACAGAGCCCUGAGCCAUAAUGGUAACCAAGAAAGGGGUUCCCCCACUCCUGGUUCCCCUCACACUCAAAAGGGGUGGUGCAUCUGCCCCCUCCCUGCCCCCAUCUUCCAGAGCAUCUCUCCUAAACUCAAACCACAGCUGAACUCCACAGGGCCUAAGGGAGACUCUGGUUAAGGGUUGGCCUCUGCUUUGGGACCAAUGGUGAGCUUCCUCCCAUGACCUCAUUUCUCCCUUAGGUGAGGUAGGUAGAUAACACCCCAUUUUUAGAAGUGGACUCUUGUGGCAGGGGCAGCUUUCCAGAUAGACUGGAGUGGAGUGUACCCAGGAACAUCCCCCGUACAUCUCCAUCACCACCUGGCCUGCAAGGCCAGUCUGGGGAACCUGACUGACCAUGCUACUUCAUGACUGAGGGGCCUGCUGGGGCUUAUGGCUGUGUCAUCAUCAUGGCCCACAGGUUUUCCUGAGAGUAGUACUAGCUGCACAUCCCCUGGAGCAUAUCCUUCCUGAAAUCCCCUCACCCCAUGACUCUGUCCUUGUGUGCUAUCAGAUUUCCUCCUACUAUUCUGACGCCUUCCUUAGAGGGUUCCAUUUCUCCCUAGAGGUAACCCUAGCCAUCUUCCCCACCCCCACGGGCUGGGGCUGGGGCACACAGGGUAUCUGGAUGGUUUCUCUUAGGACUUUGCCCACCACCUUCUCAUGGUACUUGCUGUGGAGGCCCCCUGAGACCUGGUGUGACCUGUCUCGCUUCGCCAGGAGACAUGACCUACUAACGUGUCAAUUCUAACCCAGAGGCCCCUCAGACAGGUCACAGUAAAUCAGAGCCACAGACAGUUCCCCUCCAUUAGCAGCCCAUUGGGUUGGAAAUUCCAUGUCAGAUUUACUUAGAAUGAGAUACUUGAAUUGUUGAGCGCCAUUGGGUGCCCAGCUUCUGUUACACAGUAUUAACAGGUGGCCAUUGUCGUGAAACGAGAGUGAAGCCUGAACAUCUCGAUGAUGCUUGAGCCUUUUAUGUAACUUUUUAUCAAGUCUUUGUGUAUCUUGACUCAUUAAUAAAGAAACAGAGAGA